CGCAAUCGGUGUGCUCUGGACACAUCGCUGCUUCAAUAAGAUAAUCUGGCAAAGUUGAAGCGAAUUGCAGUGCUCUCACUAUCUACAGUGUGAUCAUUCAUCCUCAUCAUGACUGUCUAUCCCCCCACCGACGACUCGGAAACUCGUAGCUGGGCUGGGGAUUAUGAUCCAUUGUCCGAUCCAGAGGACCGGCGAGUGCUCUUUGCGGCUCUAGAUUCAUUCAGGCAAUACCGGAGAACAGCCCACGCCAACACCACCCACCGGCGACGCCAGGCGUUCUAUGCACUCCCGCCUGCACACUUGCAAAUGCUGUCAGAGCCGCCGUUCUCCCUGCUGGACAAAUUCAACCGCGUGGAUGAGGCCAUCGAUGUGAAUGCCGAUAUUGCAGACGCCAUUCUCGCCACGGGCCUCGCCUCCUUUGAGAUCGAGGAGAGUAGUGACCCUACCGAUGGUAGUCGGAAGUGGCGGGAAACUGCCACAUCUUCGGACGUCAACAAGGCAUAUUCGACCAUUCGUCAAUUCUACCGGGACUGGAGCGCCGAGGGGGCAGUGGAACGCGAGAUCUGCUACGGCCCGGUGCUCCGCGACCUUAAGGAGGAAUUCGCCAAGGAAAAUGCCACGGAGGAAGAGAUCAAGGUCUUAGUGCCUGGUGCCGGUCUCGGGAGAUUGGUCUUUGAGAUCUGUUGCGCGGGGUUUGCCGCGGAGGGCAAUGAAAUCUCGUACCAUCAAUUGCUGGCCAGCAGCUGGGUCUUAAACCACACGUCCGGCCCGCAACAACAUACGCUGUAUCCCUUUGCGCUGCAAUUUUCCAACCUCCAGUCGCGCGAACAACAACUCCAAACGGUGCAGAUCCCGGACAUCCAUCCUGGAGCGGCAAUGUAUGAAUCCCUCCAAGAAGGUGGGCAAUUCGGGACGAUGAGCAUGUCUGCGGCCGACUUUGUGGUGCUCUACAGCAGCCCAUCCAACAAAGAACAAUACGACGCCGUCGCCACCGUCUUUUUCAUCGACACCGCACCCAACCUCAUCCGCUACGUCGAGACUAUCCACCACUGCCUGAAGCCGAACGGCCUCUGGGUCAACGUGGGUCCCCUCCUGUGGCAUUUCGAGGACGUCGACCACCGCGUGAACCAAUCCUCCCCGCCCGAGGGGAAACCCCAGGGGAUCGAGGAGCCCGGGAGGGUGGAGCUCACCGAAGAGGAAGUGUUUGCUUUGAUUGAGCGCAUGGGAUUUGUGAUUGAAAAACGGCAGCCGGAAGAUGAGCGACCGCUAUGUGGGUACAUCCAGGAUCCCCGUAGUAUGCGGCAGAGCCUCUAUCGGCCGUCCCACUGGACAGCGCGGAAGAAAUGAAUAAACCUGUCUCCCUUUCUUUUCUAUUAUGAACGCAUCCUGCGAUGACCCAUCACGUCUAUCAAACAGCAUCAUAUCAAGCCUUUCCAACAUGUUUUAUCUCAUUUGUCCACCAGCAUCACGUGAAGAUAUUCUUUUCCUACUUGUGAGGUAUUUUGAAGCGGAUCCUUCGAUCCUGUUCUUCUUUCUUGGUCUACCUGUAUCACUCCGAAGUUUACAGCAUGUACUACCUAUUGGCAGGCUAUAGUUAGUUACACACACAAAGACAUUGGGGCUAUA